AUGAGUAGGAACGGCGCCAUGGAGCCUCCUAUCGCCGAUCUCGCGCGACUGAACGUCAACGACGCGAGAGAAAACAAUGCUCUAACCGAUAUUGUGCAAACAAGCACGACGAAGGCUGAGCCAGCGGACUGGAAAAUCAUGGCGUGGCAAGCAUGCCAGCAAGGACGUUUUGCUGAUGUCAAGUCGAUCCUGGAGAACUUGGACCCUCAAGAUGUCUCACACUUCGUCAAUGCUAGGUGCAAGAACGGCAACACCGCGUUGAUAGUCGCUUCCGCGUUAGCUCACAAACAUGCGUCAUGCGCCACGAUUAUUCCUGUCCUGCUGGAAGCGGGGACCGAUAUCAACGCUAAGAACAAAGAAGGUCGAACUGCCUUGAUGGAAGCAGCGCUUUGGGGAGGUUUAGCAGCGGUGAGAGCUCUCAUGAAUUGGAAGCAAGGCAGUCUCGUGGACGCAAACUUGAAGGAUAAGUCGGGACUUAAGGCCAUUGACUUGGCUGGUACGGACAACAAAUUCGCAAACGAGAGAAAAAGACGGUGUGCUGAUGGCGAAAAUGUAGAAGAGUGUUUUGAUAAGGCACUGCGGAUCAGGAUCGUAAAGCUGUUGUUAAGAUAUGAUGGCAAUGGAACGGACAUGCCUAAGCCUACUCAGCAUGCAGGCACGUCGAAGCAUGUUGAAAAUGGCAAAGAAAGAAGUGAUGCAGAUAUCUUGAAGAAAACCCAAGCAAAGUUGAAGGCUGCGGAAGAUUUGGCUAAACGUCACCUGGCUGAGCUGGAAAAGACAAGAAGGAAGCUAAAAAAGAAGGAACAGGAGCUCGAAAAAGAGCAUUCGAAGCUCAUGAAAGCCCAGACCGACAUGAACGAUGUCUACGCAAAAUUUGAACAACCGAGCCGGAUCAACGUAAACGGAGCUAGCCAAAAGCCCCAAUUCAGGAAGGAAAGGAUAUUCAUCGACCCCCCUUGGUUCAAAUUCGAUUUCACGAUGACUUUCGAUGUCGAGCCUGUGUGGACGGAUGCAACGAUGGCGUACAUGAAGAUGAACGAGAAACAUUUCUUCGCCAAGAACGGAAAAGCUCAUGACACCCAAGAUGCUUCCGCCAUCAUGUCUACACAGGCAAUCAUAACCUGCAAUGCCGCGCUAGAAGAGCUCAAGAGACCGUGGACCGCGACCACAUUAACAGAAACUCAAGAACAGCGUCGAUCAGACGUAGCCAGUGCGAAGAUACUGUGGUCCCAAGUUUUGGUGGAGUUUCGGCAAAAGCAAGGAAUGACCGUCAAGAACUACAAUCUUAGAAGGAAAAGGCAGCCGUUCUUCCAGUUCUUAGAUCUACCCGGUAAGCUUCGCAACAUGAUAUACGACAUCUGCCUGGACAACGAGAAGACGACAAGAAACCCUGAUAUGACGAAGAGGGUACGGGUUAAUCGGGGAUCAAUGGGAAGCAAGACUUAUUUGGACCAUAACAUACGGCAAAAGCGCGUAAAAGAGAUCCGCGCGCGAAAGCCGACCAGAGAACAUAGAAUACGAGAUGCCACCCGAAAAGCUGCGCUCGAAAAGAUUGUAGAGAGACGACUUAAGCUCGCGAUUUGUUCGAGGGAUGGACUCACAGCUGGCGCCCACGAAGCAUUCUACUUGUACAAGCUCGAGCACGACAUGUAUACCUUGCCAUCAAAGAGAGUGACGGAUGGCCAGAACAACCACGACCAAGGCAUAUUCAACUCAGGCAACAGAACAACAAAGGAAGGUGUCCUGGAGAUCGAUGUCAGAGGCAAUCUAGUCGACGACCUUCCCAUGCUCUCCUAUGUCGAUCGCGCGAUCUUCUCCGAAACCCUGUUCCUCUACUACUCCACGGUGAGAGAAGGUUUGUGGAUCAAAUGGACAGUCCGCAACCUGGAUUUCUUCCCUUUCCUGCGCUUCUACCAGUCAUUUACCAGGGGUGAAAGCGCGGUCGAAAUCCCACCUUCGAGACUGCACAUUGAGUUCGACAAGGAGAAAGAGGAGACCGAUGACGGUCUACAUGCGAAGAAGUUCGUCCAUGUAAAGAGACUGGUUGAGCUACACUGGCUGGACGGCUUUCCGCUCUGGGGCUGCUUGACAGGCCUGUCUGAUCGCAAGGACUGCAAAGGGCCGUUUGGAGACUACAUGUACUCUGUCCGUCAGGUCGUGGCGUUGUACCGUAUUGAUCACGAAGCUUGGAAGUCGCUCUCCGUUGAAUAUCUUCGCCGUUGUGAGGAAAUGGGUGAUGACGAUGCCUUGGAGAGUAACUUCGCAACACUCUCCGACGCCGAGCUUGUUGAAGCAGUCAUCGACAUGCUAUGCAGAGCGAUUGAGUACCACCUCGGGUACACAGGCAGCUAUUCACGCGUUGGUCGCGACCAGAGUGAGUGGGAUCAAGACGUCUUCGAAACUUUCAGGUAUAAGGGAUCACAUGUCAGGACGGCUUAUGAGAAGGAGCACACCAUCGUCCAUGUUGUCAGCCUGUAUCGGAAGAAGGUCGACAAGACACUGCGGGGUCGGCUAGGGGAGACGUACGAGGAAUGGGAGAGUCUUCCAGAUGAUGCGCUCAUUCCUGAAGGGGUGGUGUUGUAG